GUGCUGCAGGCAGUGGAGAGCAGCAGAAUGCAGAGUGUUUGUGCUCCCAGCUCCGGGGGUGGCAGGGCAAGCUGGUGGAUGCUGGGGGAUGUGCCAAGGGCUGGCUGGCACUGGGGGCUUUGUCUCACCUCCUCUCACACCACCCUGGAGCUCUUGCUCUGCCUCCAAGCUGUCCCUUUCCCUUCAGGCUGCGGAGUGGAAAUGUGGAAGCAUCCAGAGCCUUUCUGGGGCUGCUUCAGGGGAGACAUCCCCUUGGUGAGCCCUGUGGGGGCUUUGCAGAGGGAGGAACUGAGGCACAGAGAAGCUGGGAUCCUGUGGAAAUUUCAGGAGAGGACCGUGGGUUCUGUGACUCCCUGAUGGAUGGCUGAGGGAGCAGGGAGCCAAAAUAUUCCAUGCAGUUCUGAGGCCAGAGAUUUGGAGGGGCACUGACCAGAGCAGGGCAGUAAUGCCAGUGUGGAUCCCACCAGGUAUGGAAGUUUCUAAUUCCAAGGGCUCAGCUCCCUCACUUUGUGCUUUUGGAAUGUGGUCCUCACAUAUUUGAGUGCCUUUGUUUCACUGCACAUCAGUUUAUCCCAGCAAUCACCACCUCCAGGUGCUCCCAAUAUCUGCAGGUUUAGGACUAACAAGCUGGAAAAAGUGGGGAAUUUCUAUGACAAAAGACACUGAAUGUGAGCAGAUGGUUCAGUUGGAAUUAUUCAGGCAGAUGUAGGUUCAGUAGCCUCGUGCCAGCAGUUCCUGGACAGGGAUCCCUAUUGCAGAUAGCACCAAAUCCUGCCAAGGGGCGUAAAUCUUUCCCCUGGAUAUGCUGGGAAGAAUGGGAAUUAACUCCAGAGCAGCCAGACUUCUGCAGGAGGUUCCAAUGAAAUUUCACUUGCCUCUUCUUUCCAAACCAGGAGCUGGCUCUGAAGUCCUUGGGGAAUGAGGGGCUGUUCCUCUUCUCCUCCCUGGACACAAACAAGGACCUGUACCUGAGCCCAGAGGAGUUCAAGCCCAUCGCUGAGAAGCUCACAGGGGUUGCUCCAGUCUCAGAAUCCGAAGAGGAGGAGACGCCAGAUCCAGAUGGGGAGACUUUGUCCAUUGUGGCCAAAUUCCAGCCCUUGGUCAUGGAAACAAUGACGAAGAGCAAGGAUGGUUUCUUGGGAAUUUCCCACGUGGCUCUGUCUGGGCUGAGGAACUGGACAGCCCCAGCAGUCCCUAUGAGUGUCCUGCUUGCCAGGCAGUUUAAAGCCUUUCUCCCUCCAAAGAACAAUCUGGAUCUUGGGGAUCCAUGGUGGAUAAUUCCCAGUGAACUGAACAUCUUCACUGGGUACCUCUCCAACAACAGGUUUUACCCUCCACCUCCCAAGGGCAAAGAGGUGCUGAUCCACAGGCUGCUGAGCAUGUUCCACCCACGGCCCUUCGUGAAGACGCGCUUUGCCCCGCAGGGAGCCGUGGCCUGCAUCCAGGCCAGCAGCAGCUUCUACUACACCAUAGCAUUCCGGAUCCACGCUGAAUUCCAGCUGAAUGAGCCACCAAACUUCCCCUUCUGGUUUUCCCCAGGACAGUUCACAGGUUACAUUGUCCUGUCCAAGGACUCUUCCCACGUCAGGGACUUCAGGCUCUUUGUUCCUAACAACAGGUCCCUGAACGUGGACAUGGAGUGGCUGUACGGGGCGAGUGAGAGCAGCAACAUGGAAGUGGACAUUGGAUACCUGCCCCAGAUGGAGCUGGAAUCCACAGGGCCUUCGAUCCCCACCGUGAUCCACGAUGAGAAUGGGAAGGUCCUGGACAGCAGGGACCCCUCGGGGGAGCCCAUCCAGUUUGUGUUCGAGGAGAUCACCUGGCAGCAGGAGAUCCCCUGGCAGGAGGCAGCCCACAGGCUGGAAGUGGCCAUGUAUCCAUUUAAGAAGAUCUCCUACCUGCCCUUCACAGAAGCCUUUGAGAGAGCACAAGCAGAGAAGAAGCUGGUGCACUCCAUCCUGCUCUGGGGUGCCCUGGACGACCAGUCCUGCUGAGGUUCGGGGCGAACUCUCCGGGAGACCGUCCUGGAAAGUUCGCCCAUCCUCGCCCUGCUGAACGAGAGCUUCAUCAGCAGCUGGUCCUUGGUGAAGGAGCUGGAGGAGCUGCAGAGCAACAGAGAGAAUGAGUUCUACAGCAAACUGGCCGAGCUGCACCUGGAGAAAUACAACUUCCCUGUGGAGAUGAUCAUCUGCCUCCCCAACGGCACGGUGAUUCACCAUAUCAAUGCCAACUAUUUCCUGGACAUUACUUCUAUGAAGCCUGAAGAUGUUGAAAGCAGCAUCUUCAGUUUCUCAAGCAAUUUUGAAGACCCUUCAACUGCAACUUACCUCCAGUUCCUGAAGGAAGGGCUGCAGAGAGCAAAACCCUACCUGCAGCCCUAAAACCAGGCACCUGAAUGCCCCACUGAGAUGGCCAAAGACUUCAGAGAUCUAUUUUGAUUACAGCAAAUCCUCCUUAUCUCCAUGCCAUGAACUGCAGGCAGUCCCGGGCCGGGGCUGUGCUCUGGAUCUUGGUUUGAGGCUGAGUUCCAGGUGGUACCAAUUUACACAACCUGCCCUUUUCAGUUCAGGCACAUUUUUACAGGAGUGAAAAAUACUUGAAUCCAUUCCCAGUGCACGUGCCUGGGCGUGCCACCCACCCUCAUUUGCUGGCAGCUCCCGUUCAGACUGGUGAAACUGGUGUGACCCCAGAACUGAUGGCCGGGACUUGCCGAGCGCGGGGAGCAGCACUGCCACUCUGACCAAACACUCGUGGUGAGGACACAGCCAGCACCCUGCUCCCACCCUGGGGCCAGCCUGGUGUCCUGUGGCAGCUCUGGCUGGCAGUGACAAUCUGUGUGACAGGGCUGGGAGCCGAGGAUGAGCUCUGGGCAGCCCUGCGUGCCCUGCUGGCCGCUCUCAAACAGGGUCUGUGCCCCUGAGGGAGGUGCUGAGGGUGGCACCGGGGUGUUCGGGUUUGGUGCAGCUCAGAGGGCUCAGGUGAGGAUCAGUUUGAGCCCCCAGGAGCUCCCCCAGUGUCCCACCCAUCCAUCCCUCCCAGGGCUCCCUCCCCAGCAGCUCUGGGAGCUUCUCCUGGUGUCCCCUUGGAGCUGGAGCCCUGUCCCUGUUUGCUUUGAGCUUCCAGGUCGUGCAGGGUGAGGAACCACAGGGUUCCCUCUGGGAGCUGCCCUGAGAGCAUCACCUGGGUGAGAACCGGGCAGUUCUAAAAGCCAGAAGUACAAAGAGAUAUUUUCAGGAAUUUUUUCCCAAAGAGAUUGUUCAGACAUGAAGCCAUUAUCCCUUACCUGAAGCCACCCUGAGCAGUUGCUCCUGCUCUGUGCCAAUGCCUGGAUACAGAGUGAGCCUUGUUUUGUAAUUUGGGGAAGGAAAGGUUAAGUGAAAGGGAUUUUAGGACAUAUUCCUACAGGCACGUUGAGAAGACAAAGCAUCUUCAGUAGCUGCCUGCAGCCAGCCCUGGCUGGUGAUGCUUUUUCUGCUCUCUGAAGCACAAUUUUGUUGGACCAAAUCAAAUUAAGGGAAAAGCC